AUGGAAUAUACCAGACUUAUCCGUAGUUACCCUGAGAACUGCAUCAGGUUUCUAGGUGUCAGUCCUCUCACUAGUUCUGUGCACUGGACAGCUCAGCUGUGGCUCAACUUGGUGUCAGCUACACAGAACAAAGUAGGCACCAAGGGCUCAGCUAAGGAGGGCCUCUCACGGGGGGGGGGGGCGGUAAGUUCAAGAAGUUCAAGCGGUAAGUUCAAGAAGUACAAGUUCAAGAAGCAGGUCUCCAAGCAGGACAUCCUGCAGCUACUCCUGAAAAUCAAUGGGCGGAAGCCCAAGUGGAUGCACAGCCUCAACCUGGUCAUGGACAGCCUGCACAAGGUGAUGCCCUACACCAACGGGCCCUCAGUGCGCAAGCUGUCCAAGAUUGCCACCCUCCUACUGGCAUGCAACUACAUCCUCAAGCUCACCCGCUUGCUGAAGGAGAUGAAGUGGCUGUUGGGCGAGAGCUACAGCAGCCACCACUUGGCCUUCCACUGCAGGACUGUGGUGGUGGUGGCCCACUCAGCAGCCAUCCACCCAGCAGCACCAUCCACUCAGCCAUCCACCCCCUCCUGGGCAGCGUCCCUGCUCACCAUCGGAACCAGCCAGCCGUCCAACAAGCUGCUCAAGAGCCCCUCCACUGCGCUGGUCAUCCAGCUAGGUGGAGGCUUCCAACCCUGCUGCCAUCACUGCCUCACCUUGCCUGUCACAACAUCCCAAUCUGCCAUGUUGGGCACUGGCAACCACCCCCCACCACAAGUCAUGUGGGGGUGCCGAAUUGUGUUCCCUGAGGGACACUGCCCUAGGUGA